AUACUGAGCAUGUCGCUCAAAUCACAGGACGAUAUCCCCUUAGCAGAUGAUGAUUUGGAAGUCAUCAUUAACGACGACGAAAGUUCCAAGUAUAUGUGCAAUGGGCGAUCGUUGGAUUCAAUCGCCAGCUCGUACACGAACGGUAACUCUAGUCCACAGCAGUUUCUGGAGAACGAAAGCCCCGAUGCGGACGAACAAGAAGAAAAAGCUCGUCUCAUUGCCCAGGUGCUGGAGCUACAGAACACGCUUGAUGACCUUUCGCAAAGAGUGGACAGCGUGAAGGAGGAAAACCUAAAGUUGCGCUCCGAAAAUCAAGUACUCGGUCAGUACAUUGAAAAUUUGAUGUCCGCUUCAUCAGUGUUUCAAUCGACCACGCCUAGUAAUGUCCAGAAGAAAAAGUAAUGAUUUCACCCGGAAUAGGUCCACUCAGCAGGAACGAUGUUCCAUGUGCCGGAAAGCUUUUGCUACAGAAUCAUUAAUGCAAUAUGCAGCCAAAGAUCGAGACCCACACGUGCACACGUGUAUUAUAGAAUGUAAAAUUCGAUUUGCAUAAUAAUUCGAUUAACAAACCUUUUGAAUUAAUAUUUAUGCUUAAAAAAGCUGUUGGUCUUACGAUAGCCUUGUUGUGGGCCACUGAACACGCCUUGCUAAAAGAAACCCUGACCCAAUAAUAAGCGAUUGGAUGUCUGGUUACAAAGAAACCAAGACGAAGCAUUCCAGUUUAGCUACCCAUCUGCAACAAUUUGUAAUGCAGAUACUGCAAUACCACACGCGGUUCGUUCAGUGAUCUAUUAGAUUACUGAAGGAAUAUUUUAGAUUAAUGUAUUCUUUCGUUCAAUUAGUAUUAUCUUAACAUGUACUCUUAUAGUUUAAAAAUAAUAUCUGCUAUUUCUAGUGGCUUACUAUGUAACAACUCAAAUCAGAAUAU